ACAAUAAAUAAAUAAAUAAAGGAAUUAGUUGGGAAAUUCGAUGCUAAUUAAAUAUCUUGUAGCUAAUAGAUUUUUUUGGUAAUAAUUGCUAAUCCGUUGUUAAAAAGUUGGCGAUAAAUUUUUAUUGUUUAACAACAUAAGUUGCCCAUAAUUUUAUUUUUUAAAAUGUCAAUAGUUGGUACAUUAAGGGACCAAUCAAUUUCCAGGACAUAGCUAAAUUUUAGUUAUAAACAGAUUCAGAAUCCACAACAGAAUAUAGGGGUAGUUAAUAAUUGUGUCAUUUGAGGUCAUCACAUAAAUUAAUAGUCAAUGGCUUAUAAAAAACAAAAGGCAUAAAAAAUAUAGAAGAAGAUAAAGGAAAAAAGAGUAUUUAUUAUUACUUCCAUAAUUUCAUAUCUCCUUGUUCCUUUUGCUCCAAACUUUUUGAUUCCAUCAAAUGAAAAUUUUCUGCCCUAUGAGCUUUGCUCAUAACCUCAUCUUUAAGUCAAGAAAAUGUUUUCUUUUGUAGUUUUUAAAGAAAAUUUUCUUUGAGUUUUUUUUCCCAAAAUAGAAUUUUGAAAUAAUAUAUCUUUACGGAAUUUUUGAAAGAGAUAAAUAAAUGGAGAAUUCAUCAAUGGGAGCUGGAAUUAUGGCUGUUUUUGCAGUCUCUGGUGGUGUUGUCCUUCUUGCAUCGAAAGUCCAUAAACACCUCCUCUCUGAUUUCAUGGAGAAGAUAGAAUUUGAAAUUAGAUUGGAGAAACACCAACAAAAGAAGAAGGUGAAGUUUUCCAAUGAAGUUGUGAAGUUGGGCCCCCAAUUAGAGAAAGGUGAAGAUGUUGAUCAUAAUCCAAAGAGGAGGAGUAAUCCAAAGAGCUUUGAAUCCAUGCCUUUGAAUUGGCAAGCUCUUUAUAAAGGAAUCCUCCAACAUAAGUCCCUCAAACACUACAACUAAAAUUUUGUAUUAUUUACUCAAAUAUAUGGUUUUGGUAAUUUUGGAAUCUGUUUUUGUAACUUGUUGAAUUAUAAAUAAAUAAAUAAAGAUAAGGGAAUCAAAGGAAA